AUGGAGUUCUUCUUUCAGUUAAAGGAUUUGUUCUUUAAGAAACUUCUUCUUCUUCAACAAUGGCGGCUUGAUUUGAUUUUUGCUCUCUCUCAUGUAUCAAACUCGUUUCAUCUACGUAGCAUCGAGAUUCCAAAACCUCCACCUUUAAGACCUUAUGGACAUGAAACUUUGGUUUCUUUACAAAACACGAGACCUCCACCUUCAAGACCUUAUGGACAUGAAACUUUGUUUGCAGAGAUCUCCACCUCUAAGACCUUAUGA